AUGGGGACGGGAAAUAGGUUCAGUGCGCUCUCCGGGGGUAUUGUGUCAGGAGAUGCAGGCUGGCUACCAUGUGACGCGGUCCAGAGCUGAAGGGAUUGGCUGAGGCAGCGCAGGCGGUGCAGCUCGCCGGCUCGCAGCUCUUCUUUUCUCUCGCAGCAUCUUCCUGGGAGCCUGUAGGUGAAGCAGCAGCAGCUGCAUCCAUGGCCUAUCCUUGGGGUUAACACUUGUCUCCUUUGGCUUCAGCAGCAACGGACCGAGCAGAUCGCCCGGCAUCAGCGGCAGCAGUGUUGUGAGGAUUUAGCUGGGACCUGGAAUCCUAUCCUCCUGUAUUUUCUCAGACUCCUUGGAAAUUAAGGAAUGCAAUUCUGCCACCAUGAUGGAAGGAUUGAAAAAACGUACAAGGAAGGCCUUUGGAAUACGAAAGAAAGAAAAGGACACUGACUCUACAGGUUCACCGGAUAGAGAUGGAAUUCAGGGGAAAAAAAAGACCCAGAAGACUCAGCUUCUCCUCACCUCUUGCUUCUGGCUCAGAGCCCUCUCGUUAACUCUGUCUCAGAAGAAAAGCAAUGGGGCACCAAAUGGAUUUUAUGCAGAAAUUGAUUGGGAAAGAUACAACUCACCUGAGCUGGAUGAAGAAGGCUACAGCAUCAGACCUGAGGAACCCGGCUCUACCAAAGGAAAGCACUUUUAUUCUUCAAGUGAAUCAGAAGAAGAAGAAGAAUCACACAAGAAAUUUAAUAUCAAGAUUAAGCCAUUGCAAUCUAAAGACAUUCUUAAGAAUGCUGCAACUGUAGAUGAACUGAAGGCAUCAAUAGGCAACAUUGCGCUUUCCCCAUCACCGGUGAGGAAGAGUCCGAGGCGCAGCCCGGGUGCAAUUAAAAGGAACUUGUCCAGUGAAGAAGUGGCCAGACCCAGGCGGUCCACACCAACUCCAGAACUUAUAAGCAAAAAACCUCCAGAUGACACUGUGGCCCUAGCUCCCCUCUUUGGCCCACCAUUAGAAUCAGCCUUUGAUGAACAGAAGACAGAAGUUCUUUUAGAUCAGCCUGAGAUAUGGGGUUCAGGCCAACCAGUUAAUCCAAGCAUCGAGUCGCCAAAGUUAACAAGGCCUUUUCCCACUGGAACACCUCCACCACUGCCUCCGAAAAACGUACCAGCCACCCCACCCCGAACAGGCUCCCCGCUCACGGUUGGACCAGGAGAUGACCGCUCAGCUACAGAGGUCAAAAUUGAAAAGCUACCAUCCAUCAAUGACUUGGACAGCAUUUUUGGCCCCGUGUUGUCCCCCAAGUCGGUUGCUGUUAAUGCUGAAGAAAAGUGGGUCCGUUUCUCUGAUACGUCCCCGGAACAUGUUACUCAGGAGUUGACUCCAAGGGAAAAGGUGGUGUCCCCACCAGCUGCAUCAGACAACCCAGAUGACUCCCCAGAGCUGGGCCCCCCGAGCUCUCCAGGCCCCCCAGGUCCUCCAGGGCCCCCUGGUCCUCCUCGCAAUGUACCAUCGCCGCUCAAUUUAGAAGAAGUCCAGAAGAAAGUCGCUGAGCAGAGCUUCAUUAAAGAUGAUUAUUUAGAAACAAUCUCAUCUCCUAAAGAUUUUGGGUUGGGACAGAGAGCAACUCCACCUCCCCCUCCACCACCUACCUACAGAACUGUGGUUUCGUCCCCCGGACCUGGCUCGGGCAGUGGUACGGGGACCACCAGUGGUGCAUCGUCCCCUGCUCGGCCAGCCACUCCCUUGGUUCCCUGCAGCAGCACUACCCCUCCUCCACCUCCUCCCCGGCCUCCAUCUCGGCCAAAGCUACCUCCUGGAAAACCUGGAGUCGGAGAUGUGCCCAGACCUUUCAGCCCUCCCAUCCAUUCUUCCAGCCCUCCUCCAAUAGCACCCCUAGCCAGGGCUGAAAGCACCUCGUCGAUAUCGUCCACCAAUUCCUUGAGUGCAGCCACCACUCCCACAGUUGUGUCAGAAGAUGAUGUUUUUUAUGACAAACUGCCCUCAUUUGAAAGGCGCUGUGAAACCCCUGCAGAGAAUGAACAGCCUUCCCUCGUUUGGUUUGACAGAGGAAAGUUUUAUUUGACUUUUGAAGGUUCUUCCAGGGGGCCUAGCCCCCUAACCAUGGGGGCCCAGGACACCCUGCCUGUUGCAGCAGCAUUCACAGAAACGGUCAACGCCUACUUCAAAGGAGCCGAUCCAAGCAAAUGUAUUGUGAAGAUUACUGGAGAAAUGGUGUUGUCCUUCCCUGCCGGCAUCACCAGACACUUUGCCAACAACCCAUCGCCAGCUGCCCUGACUUUUCGGGUGAUAAAUUUCAGCAGGUUAGAACACGUCCUGCCAAAUCCCCAACUUCUCUGCUGCGAUAAUACCCAAAAUGAUGCCAAUACCAAGGAAUUCUGGGUAAACAUGCCAAAUUUGAUGACUCACCUAAAGAAAGUGUCCGAACAAAAGCCACAGGCUACAUAUUACAAUGUGGACAUGCUUAAAUAUCAGGUGUCUGCCCAGGGCAUUCAGUCCACACCCCUGAACCUGGCAGUGAACUGGCGGUGUGAGCCCGCAAGCACCGACCUGCGCAUAGAUUACAAAUACAACACAGAUGCAAUGACGACCGCUGUGGCUCUCAACAAUGUGCAGUUCCUGGUCCCCAUAGACGGAGGAGUGACCAAGCUCCAGGCCGUGCUCCCCCCAGCAGUCUGGAAUGCUGAACAACAAAGAAUAUUGUGGAAAAUUCCCGACAUUUCUCUGAAGUCAGAAAAUGGAGGUGUGGGUUCUUUGUUGGCAAGAUUUCAGUUAUCUGAAGGCCCAAGCAAGCCUUCCCCAUUGGUUGUGCAGUUUACAAGUGAAGGAAGCACCCUUUCUGGCUGUGACAUUGAACUUGUUGGAGCAGGCUAUCGAUUUUCACUCAUCAAAAAAAGGUUUGCUGCAGGAAAAUACUUGGCAGAUAACUAAUAAAACAUUAUGCAAGAAUUUGGAGGAUUCAUAUAAUGGAGAACUGUUGUAUGAGACACAAGUUUCCAUUUUGGUUUGAUGAAAACAAAUCAAAAUCUGCACUUGGGAUAAAUCUGCUGGAAAUGCCCAUGACUUUUCAGCAGUGAUUCCCUCACACAAUACCAUGAUGACCAGUCCUACAGUAUUUACUUCUAGGUGUAAUAUUGUUAUGGUUUUAAAAUGUAAUUAUUGUAUUUGUAAAUUGUACUCAUUCCAGUAAGGUCGUUAGACACUUGAGUUCUAGCAUUUUACCAUUCCUGAAAUGGAUGUAAUUUAAACUGUGGUAUGUAAAUUUAAUAGUAGUACUGUUGAAUGGCACAGUGCUUACAGAGGUAGACUGAAUUUUGUCAAUAUAUAAAAUUUAAAUAUAAUAUUGAUAGCUAUCAUAAAGGGGGUGCCACAUACAAAGAGAACUAAGUGGAACCAGGAAAAAAACUUCUUUUCUUCAGUCCUUAGUAUGUUUUAUUCUAGUGCUACAUAAAAAUUCUAUCAUCAGAUGUUUAGUGGGUUAAAUUCAGAAACUAUUUCAAAAAAAUUCUAAGGUUACAGCAUAUUCAAAGAAAAGCAUUAAUUACCACUUUUUAAAAAGCUUUUUUUUCAAACUGCAAAUUUCAUAAAAAUGCAAACUGUGUAAACAGGGCCUCUUAUUUUUAUAACUUGUGUAAAAAGGGAAAGCAAUUCAUAUUUAAAGUUUAAGUAUAUGAAAUUAUAAUCAAGAGUAAAGAUGUUGACAUCUUAACUAUUUCCCCCUGUCUCUACAGUUUAGCAGAUGUAGAGACUGUUGAAUAAUCGGUCAGACUACAAUCAAAAUUGUGAUUUUAAAACAUCGAGAUUUCCAUAGUGGAACUGGUUGACAACUUUUGCGCAAUUAUUCUGAACAGACUUUCUCCCAUCUAGCAUGCAGCACGGGUCCAUGUAUCUGCCCCUUCACACACAGGAAUCUGAGAUGGAGACUAGAAAUCUCACACACAAAAAAUGUUGUCCCCUGUUUAAAUCCAGAGGGAGAAUUUUAAUCAAAAUUAUUUAUAACAUUCAGGAAGGAGAAAAUAAGCUUUAUAAAUGAAAUUCUAUCCACAUAAUUGUGCAAUAAAUUCCUUUUAGAUAAGAUUCAUUGUAUGAAAUUAUAAAUCUGCCGUUCUUGGGGAAUAAAAAAGAGAGUUAUCAAAAAUGUGCUAUGAUUUUAUCAUUGCAAGAUAUAAUAAAAACUUCCGUUACUGAAUUUGGCCUCACAGUACGGGCAUUCAGAAUAGGGAAGCACUUCUUCAGGGAUCCCGGCUGUAAAACCCUCUUCCUUUACAAUCUGAAAACAUGAAUCUUCCUUCAAGUCAUAGAACUUAUUUUAAAUAUAAGCAAAUUUCUAUUCUAGAUUUUAUCGUUAAGUUACUGUAAUUUUAAGUGUUUGUCAUUAGUUGCUAAAUUUUACUUUAUAUUUACUCAUAUUUGACACAGAAUCUUUAGCCCCUUUAAAUUUUAGGAUCACAUUAAAAUUUGUAGGUCCUGCUCUUAAAAUGAGAAUGUGACUGGCAGUUGUUUAUGGUGGAACUUUUAAAAUGAAUAUUUGCACUUCUCAGUGAGUGUUUGCUACCCAGAAAUGCUCUGUUUUACGUUAGAAGAGUACUCUCAAUUGGCCCCUCAAGUCUUGUGUUGAAGUCUUCUAAACAAACAAUUAAUAUAUUCUUUUUGAGUAAAGAUAUUCAAUUUGAUUUUGAAACCAAAAUAGAAAGUAGAAACUUUUAAAUCCCAGGAAACAUGGGCAAAUUUCAGACACUAAAACCAGUGGAAAGUAAGCAGCAGAAAAUUGGGAAUUAUCCACUAUGUGAACAUAAAAAUGUGUUUUUAAGUUAUCAAUUCAUGGAAAACAACAUACUGAAAAUUAACACAAAGCGCAUAUUAAAAAUGUGUAAAUAUUACUGCUCUCAUGUCUUGCUCUUUAUAUUUUAUUUUAUAUAGUUCUGGAGUGAAUUAGUAAUUCAACACAAGGAUUGUUUGUCAAAGAAUAGUUUUGUUGAUAUUGUAAAAUUGUAAUUUAAAACACAGAUUACUGUCAUUCCUAACAUUAUUCACAUGGUCCCAAGAACUAAAAUCGGAAGCUUUGACAACAUUCCUACAAGCCCUUACUUAGUCUGUGACACAGAAUGGAAGCCAGCGAUUUCAGAAUUUUUAACCCUUGAAUAACCAAACCUUGGUGGAGGAUGUAUCCAUCUCCUUUCCAAAAAUAGGUCUAAUACGAACACAUUGAACUCAUGUCAGGGAGAUUUUGGUGUUUCCUUUUUACUCAUAUAGUUUACAAUCUCCUGUUAGUACUGCACAAUAAGAAUUCCUGUUAGAAAAAAUGAUUCUAGCCAAUUCAAGGGUCUCAGUUAUAAAAGAAACACUGUCAGGCUUAUUAUUAUCAACUCCUAAAACAACAAAAUGGGCUGCAAUUAUUAAGAUUUUCAAUACUAUGGAUUAAAAUCAAAGGUGUGCUCAAUAACCAGAACACCAUGUCCUGAGCAUUAUGAUUUUAAAAGUUUCUCCUCUGACAAGAUACAAAGUAUGAAUGAUACUGCUUUAUUUUGGCAAAAUGGAAAGUAUGUUUUUCUUUUCAAAUAAAUUCCAUAUUUUCAUGAUAUUUUCAAAAUAAAUUCUUAAUCAC